AUGGGUGACAAGCGCAAACUCGUGCAGGAUGAGGUGGUCGAGCCCGAGGGCAAGAAGAUGAAGAAGGAGAAGAAGGACAAGAAAGACAAGAAGGAAAAGAAGGAAAAGCGCAAGCUGCAAGAGGAGUCCGAUGCCGUCGCUCCCGCCGAAACUGCUGCCCCGGCACAGGAAGAGGUGAAGGAGAAGAAGGAAAAGAAGGACAAGUCCGAGAAGUCUGACAAGAAGGAGAAGAAGGACAAGAAGGAGAAGUCCGAGAAGUCCGACAAGAAGGACAAGAAGGAGAAGCGCAAGGCCGAGGAGGUCGAGGAGGCUGACAUCAAGCCUGCUGCUCCCUCUGAGGACGCUAUGGAUGUUGACGUGACUCCUGCCGAGAGGGUGGAGGCCAACAAGAAGGAGAAGAAGGACAGGAAGAAGGCCAAGAAGGAGAAGAAGGAGAAAACCGAGCCUGCGGCUGAGACCAAAGAAGAGCCUACCACUGAAUCCACCGAGGAUCAGCAAGCUCAGAAGAGUUCCCGCUUCAUCUGCUUUGUCGGCAACCUUCCCUACUCCGCCAACCACGAGUCCUUGACCAAGCACUUCGAAAAGAACCCCCCGGCCACAAUCCGCGUCGCCACCAAGAAGGAAGACCCCAAGAAGUGCCGCGGCUUUGCAUUCAUUGAGUUCGACAACUACGACCGCAUGAAGACCUGCCUCAAGCUGUACCACCACUCCACCUUCGACGACGGAAAGUACCCGCCCCGACGCAUGAACGUCGAGCUGACUGCUGGCGGCGGCGGCGCCAAGUCCGAACAUCGCAAUGCCAAGAUCCAGGCCAAGAACGAGAAGCUCAAUGAGGAGCGCCAGCGCCAGGCUAAGGAUAUCCAGAAGGACAAGAAGAAGCAUGACAAGAAGGCUGCCCCGGCUGGCGGAUCUGGUGCCAAUGCUACUGGCAUGGAUGGCGCAGCUGACAACGCUGGCAGCGCUGAGGACGAUAAGUGGGCUGGUCUCCACCCUAGCCGCAGAGGCCGUGUUUAA